AUGUAUGUUGAUUUGAACAAGGUCAAACAAAAGACUAUUCCACCUCAAAGUUAUCGUAUUUUGUUUGAUAAGGAAACACUAUACCAUUACUGUAAUUUGAUAUUGGAUGAAUACAAUUCCAAAAAAGUCAGUUUGGUUUUAUUCAAAAAUGAUUUACAAUGGGGGCCAAGGGAUAGCAAUGCUUCUAUUUAUCUGCACCCUUUCCAAUACAAUCAUAAAUGGCAUCUAGCUUUAGGAUUCAAAGAUAUCAAUAAAAUCAUAUUGGUCAAUUGUCAAGGUAAUAUAGAUAAAGUUUCAAGUUUCCCCAUUGAAGCUUCUUUGGAGAUCAAGUCAUUUGUAUUGUUCUUCAAACACAAAUUAUCAAAAUCUGCUCUUAAAUAUCCUGCAAAUUUUAUUGAAUACUUUGAACCUCCCUCUAAUUUCAAUUCCAUCAAUUUGUUGUCUGUGGUUUUAACGUUUUGUCUGGAUCCUAUUACCCUAACAAAUUGUUUCUGUAAUCCUAAUGCUUCACCGAGGAAGUUCGAUAUAUCCCAAGUAUCACCAGUUAUUGAUAACAUUGAUUUAGAAUUUAGGUCUAACUAUUUGUUUAUGAUUGAGGAAAAACUAAAGGAAAAGCGAAAUUUAGAGUUUAAAUUGUUGGAUGAACAACGUAGAAAGCAUAAGGAACAACUUGCCCGAAUUGAUGAGCAGCGUAGGCAUCGUGAGAGAGAGGAGCUUGAACGUAAGGAGAAGCUCCAAAGAGAAAUACAGGAGAGGGAGAAAGCAUAUAGGGAGAAGCUGGAAAGGGAGAGGCAAAUUAGGGAGCAACAGAGAAUCGAAAUAGAAAGGCAAGAAAUGCUUGCCAUUGAAUCUAGAAUCCAAGCGCAAAACAAAGAUUAUGGAAGAACAGCUAAAAGUGAAGAUGAAAAUGAAAAUGCGAAUAAAAAUGAGGUGGCAUCUGGUACAGAAAACAUUGUCAAACGAAGGAAGUUAGAUCCACGGCCAUUGGGGACUGUGGACGCCCCGUUUGAAAUAAACGAUUUAGAGGACAGUGACGGGAAGGAGGAUGAAGAGAGGCAAUAUGAAGAAUAUUUACUGGCGAAGAAGGAGGUUACUCCCGAACCGCCUAAUAGAGUCAAUAAUAGUGUUAACGAUAAUAACUUUAAUGUUGGCCCCAAUAGUAUCAGAGAGGACACAAAUAAACUGAAGCUUGAAAAAAAAGAGGUUUUGGGAGAACUAUUUACAGAAGAAAUCUCAAAUGAAUAUUUUCAAAAAGUUAAGGAUUUGACUUUAUUCGGAGAAGGUAAGAAGUUUGACAAAAUGUUUGAGUUUAUUCAUAGUCUCUCUUACAAUAGAAUAACAAAUCCAGCGGCAUUUGGCAAGAACGGCAAAUUGGAGAGGCCACCAAUAACAGUUCAGAAGUCGCUUAUGGUCACGUACAAGAGGCGGAUGAAACAGGAAUUCGACGAGUCACAACUGCAUCAAAUGCUGGAAACGAACUACGAAAACCAAAUAAUCCCCCUGAUUUUCGAAAACGGAAGUAUUUUUUUGGUCAAUAUCAGACAUACAGAAGGGAUCAAUUGUAUUGUCAAAGUAGCAUGCAUCUCCAACAGGGUGAGUAGAUCUGAACGUGAAAUAAUGAAAAACUAUGCAUUUAGAAGACUCAUUGAGAUCUACGUUGCUAAAUACAACAGGCUUGUUAUUAAAAUCUACUGUAAUAUUAUCUGUGUUCGGUCAGCUUCUUUUUACAAAAUUGCAAUGCAGUCAAUUUGUACUUUGCAUUAUAUCCUUUGGAGGAAUAAAUUCAACGUUAGCAGUGUGAAGCCAAGAAACGAAGCUUUGGAUUCUUACAUUUCGUUCUUUGAAAACAUGCUAACUUGCACAUCCCAAGGUGAUCUCUUCAAGGCAGAACUGAACCUCAAAAGAUUGAUUAAAUAUGUUUUGCAAAACAAUGAAUAG